GUGCGGCGGGGGUGGGGCGGGGGUGGGGCGGGGCGGGGCUCCUCCCGCCCCGCGGAAGACACAGAGCGCGCCUGCGCCGCCCCUCGACGAUCCGCGCGGUGCGCAGCUGGAGCUUCUAAGCCCUGAUGGAGAACGAGGAGUAUUUAGACUCCUCUGCCUUUCCGGAUGGGCGUGGCGCGAGGAAAAUAUCCGCUCCCUCCGAAGCCCUUCGGAAGCCCUUAGUACUGAGGCUCCUGGAGGCGCACAAGCAUGAGGGGCCUGAGGAGCCGGAGGAGUCUGAGGAACCCGAGGAGCCGGAAGAGGCCAGCAAGCAGAGCCCCCGAGACCAAUGGGACGAGUUUGAUGAGCCCGAGGAGACAUCUGAACCCCACGCGCCCUAUGAGCUCCACGAGCCCUAUGAGUUCCACGGAGCCUACGAGCCUCAAGCACCCCGCAAGCCCCGUAAGCUCCGUGAGCCCCAUAAACCCCAGGAGUCCCACGCUCCCCGAGAGCUCCACAGGCCCAACGAAGUCCAGUUGCUUCCCAGAGCUGCCGCCAUGGUGAUCUCCCCUUCUCUGGUGACCAGGUUCCCGCCGAAGGUUCCGCCAUCUUCCCUGAGUGAACCUGGUGUCUGUGGCAUUGCAAGAAAACGUUUAUUUUCUAGGAAGAGAAUCCAAGAUCUUUCUAGGCCCAAAAAACAAUGGGGAACCCCAGAUAGAAAACUGUUUUGGGGGAAUCAAGAUCCUAUUUGGCCUAUCGCCCAUACUGCUUUGAAAACUCAGCUGACCAAGAGACUCGAGGAGCUUGCCCAUCCCAAAGAAGUCUCCCACCAAUAUGUACCUAACAGGGCUCAAUAUUACUACAGCUGCGGUAGAGAGUCUGGAAUUUGGGAGAUCCCUUCUUCUGCCCUGUUGAGCCGACCCUCCAAAAGGAUCCAGAAGCUGGCACAGCCCAACAGAUUCAGGAAAGAAUAUCUAAUAAAUAGGCCCUACAGUGAUUACUUAACAAGAGAUUCUCUUCAAAUCUCUUAUCCUUCUGCCCGGAUAUUACAACUCUCUAUAGCCAAAGCCACAAAUCCAAACUAUGUUCCUCCAAAAACGAUUGGAACCAAGAUUUCAGUACCUGCCCUGACUGCUGUUGCCACUCCAAGAACUAUAGACCUUGCCCAUCCAAGGAUCAAGAUAGAGGGUCUGUGCUUUGAAAGAGAACAAAGUGAACUGCCCAUCCGUCCUAUACCCCGUGCUGCCUUGCUAUACAAACCUACCCCUCGAAUAAUAGCUCUAGCUAAGGCCAGGCCUCUUCAUCGAGAUUAUCGACCUGACCGUGAUGCCCACUGGCCAGUAUCUUAUGCUGCUAUCCAUUGCAAACUAUCUCCCAGAAUUCAAGAACUAGCCAAUCCAAAUAAAAGGUCACAUUCUUUUUCCCCCAUUUCAGGUCUCCUGUGCAUAUUAUAUAUUACGAUCCAGAUGUCUUUAAAGUCAAGCCAGCUGCUUUGAAAAGUCAGUGUUCUCCAAGGAUCCAGGAGCUGGCAGAACCAGUUGUGCAUUAAAUACAGAAAGCCGCAUCAGUCAGACUCUAGUUAUGUGUCUAGAAAACAUAUGAGGUGACUUAGUUCCCUACUCUGAGCUCAUCACCUCGUAUUCCCGCAUCCUCUCCAAACCAUCGAGACCUCCAGGGAACACCACUGUGACCAUCAAAUAGCAAUUCCUGGUGUUACCUGCAGUCAUGUCUUCAGCAGAUUUAGAGACUCGAGCACACAAUAAAAGAGAAGCUGAGA